AUGCCAGGUCAAUUGGAAAGUAUCCCAUUUUUAUCACAAAUGGAAGACAUGGAAAAAUACGUUAUGGAAUAUCGUAGCCUUAAAUUGAUGCCUAGAGCAACAAAUUCUUCAUUUCAACCCAGUUAUAAGUCUGUCAACAACAACAAUAAUAAUAAUAAUCAUAAUAAAUACAUAAGACACGGUCAUAAUAACGGUAAUAAUAAUAACAAUAAUAAUAGUAGCAUUGGUUUGAUUAAUAGGGACAUUAAUUCAAUUUCAUAUACGGAUAAUUUCGGUAAUAAUAAUAAUAAUAAUAACAAUAACAAUAAUAAUAAUGGGUUUAAUGAGAUAAAUGGGUUCAAAAAUUUUAAUUUUAAUAAUAAUAAUAAUAACAACAACAGUAAUAAUAAUGAUAAAAAACAUUUUAAUAAACACAACGGCCUAGAUCUGGGGCACAUGUCUAUGAAGGAAAAUUUCAGAACAGCACCUAUCAAUUCUCAAAAUUCAAUGGUGACUGCCCAUUUGAAACAAGCAUAUCCUCAGUUGUAUUACACACAUAAUAAAUCAGAGGAUAACCAAUUUGCAUCAAGCAAUAGCAAUAUUCCAUAUUUUGAUGCAGGUGUCAAAAAUCAAUCCGAUAUGAUUGAUGUUAAUAAUAGUUUGCGCAAGCCUAUGGUCAAUCAUCUUAAUAUGGAUCUAAAUGCCUCAAUUCCAAAUCUUGCUGGCAGUGAUCUUAACUAUAAAUCACAAAUGCAAAGACCACCGCAAUCUCAAUCGCCCUUGCCACUACCUUUAAACUCUCGUUUUUCCGGAUAUUCAUCCAUGAAUGACACAAGUUCGAUGCCCACACCACCUAGUGGCUCUGCAAGACUAUCGCCAACUGCAAUAAUUGGGACUAAAAACAAUGAUGCAUUUUCGUCAUUUAAUAUUAAUAUCGGAAACGAAGAUGGAUCCUUGGCAUUCAAUUCUUCUCAAACAGUAAAUGGGACACCAACACUGUCUUCAAAUGGGGUAUUUGAUGAUAGAAGAAGAAAUAGUCAAAUUUUUAUGAUGAAUGGUAGCGAUAGAAGGAGUAGCCAGUUAUUUACGAACAAUUCUUCUGCGGGAUGGGGGUCUAAUCAUGUCACUGGCUCUAUCCCAAUAUCUUCUGCAAAUAUGAAUAACUAUAAGAAUGGUAAUAAUAACAACAACACUAAUAGUACCACUUCUAAUUCAAAUUUGUCAUCCUUUGGAAUUUGGAAUAAUGAUAUGAGUGUUUGGAGUUGA